AUGUACAGUAUCGGCCAUCUCUUUAUGAGCGGAAUGGUUAGGGUGGAUGAAAGCGAAAAUUCCUUAUUUGCAUCCUCUUCCAUUGAAGAAUUGCUCAUAGAGGGAUUAAGCGGACAGCUCGACGUUGCCUUCCUUUUGGGGGCGGACAUUCGUAGCGCCGUUAUCCGUCAAUCCACAUUCAGAUGUGAGAAUUUCAAUGAAGAUAACGUCACACCAGCACUUGGUAGCUCUUCAAUGUCAAGCACAAGGAGAAACAGCAGUAUCACAUUCAGCAAUGUUACCUCCACUGUACUAGUGCCGUAUUUCUUAACGCAUUUCAACCAGAUUAAUUUUCACAACUCAUCGAUAGGGAGCAUCAGGCCAAAUCAAGAUCUUCUUAGGAAACAUUCGUACGACCACAUCUCCUUCAAUUUUCUCAACACUGUGGUCGAUCAUAUGGAAUCUUACACGUUCAAUGGACUAUCAGUUGAUAAUCUGAACAUUAGCAGUAGCACAAUUAAGCACAUGGGCCGCCUUGCAGUAGCAGAAGCAGAAUUCGAUCGCAUUCACAUCGCUGACACAGAACUAAGAAUGCUUGAUGAGCUGGUGUUCGCUGAUGUUCGUAUCGGAAGCCUAGAAAUGAUUAGUACUCGAAUAGGUCUCAUUCCUCUACAAGCUUUCGAGAAUUCCCAAGUGGGAAACAUGACGAUAAACUCAUGUGAAAUCAAAAUUCUUGCCAGCAAAGCAUUCAACAAUGGCUUUUUUAAGACUCUUACGAUGAAGAACACGACUGUUAACAACGUUGAACCACAGCCGUUCGUGCACCUGCAGGUCGAAAAUGUCGAUAUUGCCGACUGUGCAUUCCAUGGAUCAUUUGCCAGGCAGUUCUUCACAGGGUUGACUCCAGUUCGACUCACAAUUCUAAACUCAAAUUUCUCGUGUGACCCUCAUGACUGCGAGAUAAAUGCGAUGCUACUAAAACCCUUGCGUCAAGAGCUAUCAUGGACAUUUCUCGGAAACAAGUGUAAUACUCCCUCCACGGCGGUAUGUUCUAAACCUUCCACAUACUUCCAUGAAGGCUUAAGCUGUCGUGUCAAUUGGGCUGUAGCAGACUGUCUCUGCAUUGAGACAUCGGCUUCAUUGACAAGGUUCAAUACCUCUGUUGUCGUCGCUGGCGAUUGCGAUUAUCUCAAAAUCAAUGCUUCUGAAGGGUCCACUGCUGCUCUCUACCUUUUUCGAAUAAAUCGGUGCCACGUUGUGCACAUUCCAAGCACCAUCAAAACAUUUGAGAUGUUCCACACAAGCGUAGCAAUUCAUGAGAAUGCGAUGCAGCACAAUCGUAUGGACACGCUCUCACUUUCCCAUACGAAAAUCUGGGAAACAGCACCCAAUUCUUUACACAAUGUCAGUAUUGGGCAGAUAACGGCGGAGCACUCUACGUUAUCAGACUGGGAUCCUCAAGCAUUGAAGGCUACGAAAGUAGCUCAUGCAAGCAUCAUGAACUCAAGAUUAAGUGCAGUGCGGACAUUCCUUGAUGCAGUCUCUCACAUGAGGAUCCAAAACAGUGUUCUACUCGACUUUGAUGGUCUUUCUUCGUUAAACAGUGUGUAUCUGCAUAAUAAUACGCUCUUAUGUUGUUGUACCCAUGAGAAGACUAGGUGCAAGAAUGGUGCUUUCACAAAUGAAGCAUGUGUUCGUCAUCUUGAUGCAUUUGAUUGCAAGUCGUCUCAUAAAAUAACGAAUCUUUUGAAAUUGAUGUUUGUCUACAUAUGCGUUGCUUACGUAGCUCGAUGA